AUGCCAGAGGAGACCACCGUGAAUGACGCGGGGGAGGAGGAAGCCAACGCCAACGAGCCACCAGGACGAGUUGGUGCCAUUCAAGAAGCAGCUUAUGCAGUCCAAGCAAACCCAGAGCUUGUGGAACAUGCCCGCGGUAGAAGCACCCACGCUGACAUCUACAGAAGGCUGGAAACCGAAGAGGAGUCGGCGUCGGGAUACAAGGCCAUGCAUCCCUGCGACCUCGCGGGCCAGUAUGGUGGCAUCCGGAGCAAGUGGGCGGGCGGCGAUGGAAAGACCAUCCAGCGACCGAUGCCUUACAACGAGCUGAUGGGCUGCUUCGACCGAGACGGCGUCACGAGCUUCAAGGGCCAGGAGGUCCUGCGGCAUUUGGACACGUUCAUCAAUGGUCUCAGCCUCCCAUUCACCAUCCAAAGCACGUUGUGCAACUUUGCACCGGAGAUCAUGACAGGGGGUACACAGUUGCCCGACAUCUGCAAGGGCAUCGUCCAAGUCACGCACACGGCCAUCCAGUUCGUGCAUGACAGCCUGGCUGCCUUUGGCUUGUCUUGGUCUAGGCUCAUCUGCACACUUGAGCCCUCAGCACUCCGUUAUCGCUGCAUCGCGAGAGUGUAG